AUGACCAACUCUCUGGAGUCGUCGCGGCCCAUGCUAGCCAGCUCCACCGGCAACCGCACCUCUACACGCCUCUCCACCUACAGCGCUGCACCCACCCUCGCCCCCUCGGUCGCCCCCUCGCACCUCUCAGAAGCCUCGUCGACGUCGGGCGACCCCAAGGCCCAGGACAUCAAGUCAUGGAACGCCGGUUUCGAGCGCCUGGAAGACAAGCGCCUCGUCCAGCAACGAUACAUGCUCACCAACGAGAAGACGGACGACAUGAGCAAACUGGCACUCGGCGCUAAACUCGACCGCGCCCUCUCAAGACGCAUGUCCGGCCAAGACGCCGUCUUCCGGCCAAAAGGAAUGAGUGAGAAGAAGAUCGAGGCCUGA